GUAUGAGAUCGUAGCUGCGCAUGGCCUCGCCUUUUGAUGGAUGGGACUUCAUGGCGUGAACAAUUUGCAGGUCAGGCUGCGGCGCAGUCACCCGCGUCUUCAGCAAGGUUGGGAGCAGCACCAGAUGAGCAGGGAAUUCGUGCCCAAAAUGCGUCAACGCCGACAUCAGCCUUGCGAGCCAAAGCGGGCGUCCUCUCGGCAUUCAGGAAGCCUUUGAAGCCGUCACCAAGGACUGCAGGCAACGUGGAUGGUGCAGGUGAUGGCACUGCCAGUGAGGACAAGGUCAAAAAACCCGCUCAGCGUCCAUCAAGUUACGGUUUGCGAACACUUCGAAAAGCUUCCACCACUCGCUUGAUAACUGACGAUGUAGAUGUGGCCACAUCAAGCUCAGGCAGAAAACUGCCAUCGCUGCGACAUUUUGCGCACAUUGUCGCGAAGUCGGAGGCGGAAAAGGAGGAGGUUGGCCAGGCACUCACGCCCAGACGCUCUAGUUCACAGCGGCGGCGAAGUAGCAGUCGAAUGCAGACCUUUGUGGCUGCGGCAUCUGCAUUUUCAGCUUUGAGGGAUACCUGUCCAAUUGAAAACAAUUCAGAAGAAGAAGUAGUUGGCCCAGAUCCGAACGAGGUAAUUUUGCCACCAGAUGGUGACAGCGAUAGUGAUGAUGAAGAGGAAGAAGAGGCCGAACGUGACUUCCUGUCUGCUCUUCAAAGAAUUCGUGAUAGUGGACGACUUUCCAUGCGUGAGCUGCGAGCUGUUGAGAAGGAGCUCAGGCAAUACAAUCUCUUCAAAGGC